AAAAAUGCUCAACAGAUUAGCCACCACUAAGGCAACAAGCAAGAUUCUCUGCAACAACAACUCCAAGAGAUCAUACGCUGUCGUUGCUCAAACUCCACGUGCCUACGAUACUUCAAAGGAAGCUUUCAAGGCCGCUUCUCCACUCCAAUCUCUCUGGAACAAUGGUGCCUAUGAGGAUAGAUUAAUUUCUUUGUUGACUGCUAUCCGUCCAUAUAAAAUUACCCCAGAAUUCAUUGCUGCUGCCAAUGAAGCUCUUAACAAACAAUACAAGACUGAAGAUCUCAUUCCAAAGGAAAAGAAUCUUGAAUUUGCUAGAGCUAUGGAUGGUGUUGAUACUAUUGAAUUGGACGAACAUACAUUGAUUUCCUUCUACGGUGAAGAUUACAAAGAUAUUUUGAAUGAAUUCUUUGAAUUGAAGCCUGUCCUCUCCCAAAGAGCUAUGGAUAGAUAUCUUCAAUUGAAUCAUGAAGAAUAUCUUAAAAUCAAGAAGGAAAGAGCUGAAAAGAUUUUGACUUGGUGCCAAGAAACUGCCAAAUCUUUGUAAAUUCAAGUAUCAUAAAAAUUAGGGUUUUUUACUCCGU